CGGUGGGCGUCGGCCUGGAGACGUCCGCGGAGCGCGGCCCGAGAACCAGGCGCGGGACGCGGAGCUGUAGCGCCGCCUCUCCCUGCGCGCCUUUGUUGCUCUGCAUUUAUUUUUCCAACGACAAGCCAGCGCCGAAGGAUCUGGCCCGAGAACUACCAAGCCGUGCUACCUUUUCCUCUUCAGAAGCAAGAACAGAGACGAUUUAUUUAGCAAGAGUUUGUGCUAGUGUGUUUUCUUGUUUGAUUAUAGGCUGGGGUUUAUUGUUAGACAAUCGAGCAAUUUGGGAGGAAAGAAAAACCCCAGGUCCACGCGUGAGCUGGAGUGAGUGCUUCGCCCUGGCCAGCAGCCUCUGCAUUUUGAAAGUAGAGGCGGAACUAAAAUACCCGCGUGGUUUGCGGGUGAACUGCUCCCCUGAACGCUAGAUACCCCUGCGUAUUUAAGGUCGUGAAGAAGAGAAGUGAGACGGUAUUGUUCAAAAGAGCAGCCCACCGGGACAGGUAGCACACUGUAACUCCAGCUGCUCAGAAGGCUGGGGCAGGGGGAUCGCACGGGCAGUGUGAGCAAUCUAGUGAGUUAGACACCUCAAAAUAAAAAGGACCAGGCGCUGACGGGGUGGUGCACUCUUGUAAUCCCAGCCCUCUGGGAGGCUGAGAACAAGUUCGAGCCCAGCCUCCUCCAAUUAGCAGUUAAGCAAAAUCCCGUCUCAAAAUAAUUAAAAAGGGUUGUGGACAUAACUCGGUACAAAGCCAGUGCAAUCCUAGUAACAGGCGCACACGCGCGCGCGCGCGCACACACACACACACACACACACACACACACACACACACACACGCAGGUGCACGCAUGCGCUAAAGCAUGUCCCGAGUAGGUCUUCCGAGAGCUUUCCUGAAGUUAAUGCCCUAAAGCAAUAUUCUUGUUCUUACUAUAUGUAGAGAAAUACAUGCAUGAGUCCUAGUAAAUUGUCCAGCUUUUGGUUAAGAUAAAAACAGUCCUCCUUCAAGCAGAAGAACGCCAGAGACUAGGUAUUUCUUAAAAAGUUUUCUUGGUAAGAUUUUAAUUCGGGGAGAAAGGAGUUUUACACAGUGUAUGUAGGUACACAAAGAAAAAGGAGACACCGGAAAGAAAAAUACCUGUAGUGGGUCUCUUCAAGUAGAAGGGUUAUGAGUAAUUGGAUGACUUUUUUUGGUUUUUGUUUUUUUCCGGUACCAGGAAUCGAACACACGACCUUGCCCUUGCCAGGCAGGUGCUGUGCCGCUGAGCUAAAUCCCGAGAGCCCCUGGGUGACUUUCAUUGUCAUUGUGCUUAUCUGUAAUUUUUAUGUUCUGCUCUGUAGUUUUGUGGAUUCCUUCCUUCCUGGGAAAGGAAAAGAGAAAAAGAACCCCUGAUGCCUAAAAACAGGAAGACUUUAACUCCCCGUACAGUUUAAAUCAUUACCACCCAAGCACGUGUCUGGGAUCUCCUGAAGUCAUUCAUCAAACAUGCCAGCCAGUCAUUCAGUAAAUAUUUCUUGAAUGGAUAAGUGGUAGGAAUUUAAACGAGGGAAGAUCCUUCUGUCUAAAGUUGCUUGGCAGGGCUUCAAGGAAGAGGCUGAAUCAGAGGGGUACGGGGCGGGCAGGACCGGGCCUGCAAUCAGGGAGGGGCAGGCCCAGCUCCCUGAGGGGGAAAGCCUGGAAAAGUAGGCUCCUUCAGUGGCGUAAAAGAUACAAAAGACUCUGAAAAGAUGGGAGGAAAGCAGAUUGUAGAGGGCCUCGUGAUUGCUUGAUUGACACUAGUAAUUAUUUAAUUCAUUAUUUGCAGUUACUUAGUGCCAAGUGUGUUCCCCUGGAGGGCAGGGACCCGUCCGGCCGGUUUUCCCAGCUCCCCGAGACCUAGAGGGUGCUCGGCGUGCAGUUGACUGUCAGGACAUAUUUUGCAACUGUACGGCCACAUUAGCAGCAGCCUAGGAGGUCUAGGUUUUGUUGAGCACGUAGAAGGUUAUCCGCGCAGGCCCUGGGACAGUCAGACUUUUCCUGUGUGAAGCCUGGGGUGGGUGAGGAGAGGUUCCACUGUGGAUGGAGUCUGCAGCUUAAGCAGUGGAGAACAGAAAUCAUGGAAACGUCUGAGGAGAUGGGUAGCAAAGAGAAAUUCCAGCCAGAAGAGGGGAGAGAGUAAAGCGGGGAGGGAAGCUACUGAAGUGAAAAACCCAGGAAGAGUCACCAGGCUUUCACCACUGUGAGAGUCUCCGGCUGAGGGCUGACAAUGGCAAGAAAAAAGGAACAUUUUCUGCCGGGCGUGGUGGCGCACGCCUGUAAUCCCCGCACUUGGGAGGCUGA